ACGUCACGCUCAUCCGCCUCACACCUCCGCUCCCCAAUCGCCCGCUCGCUCCCAUUUUCCACGGGGACCAGACUUGUAUCCGCGCGACACAACAACGCCUGCCUCAAGUAAUCAAAGCAAUGCUCUGUAUGCGUUUCGCCGACGAGGUCGCCGAGCCCGUCCCGCACGGCCGCGUACGCGAAGCGCACCGCAUUCACGCAGUGCAGCUGGUGGUACAGCGCAAUCGAGAAGACCGUCCCGUUCGGCCCGAGGCGCACGAAGCCUGCGCCUUCGGGCAGGAUGUUUGCGGCCCAGACCGCGUCGUCUUCCAUCGGGAACGCAAGAUCCUCGGUUGCCGGGAUGAGCGCCGAUGUGAUGGGUAGGAAGAGGUGGGAGAGGCGGGAGGGGACUGUGGGGUACUUAUCUUAUAAGCAUGUAUGCUUUCGAGAGGCUGCGUCGGUUGGAGGUCGUCACGACCAGAAACGCAUUGACCAAGCAUGAAGCGCAAAGGACGAGUACAAGCCACCAUUGGAGGAUUCCGAUACUAAUAUCGCAAGCGUGGCUUACGAUCGCAGCACAGCGCUCAGACGAUUGUUCUCUCCUUCCUGAUCGGCAGAUCCUAAUUCGCAAUCUCUUCGCACGCAUCCUGAUGAUUCGACAUGGAAUCUAGGUGCCGUCAUGUUCGAUGGUUGGCUGCAUAGUCCGCUCCUCAUUCACUGUUCUACUAUCUGUUGACUUGCACUCAAACACGAGUGCAAAUGGGCUCGGAUACGUGGCCCCAGACUGGUGCAACUGGUCAGCCCCUUGUUCUUGUGAUAUCUGGUGUCGCAAUCCCCUUGUUCUUGUGAUAUCCGGUGUCGCAAUUACAUGCGAGGAGUGCUUCCGACUCUCGGACGUCUACGACAUACCAGCAUCAACAUCAGUCUAUGGUUUGAAUCAAUCUCUACGUACAAUGUUAUCGAAUACGGCCGGAGCGAAACCUGAAUGCAUGCCAAAGUACAGGAGGGCGGCGAGUUUCAAGAUGAUCAUUGCCGUUGGUCUCCCGAUCGAAAUGCCGAGUUUGUCUUACAUUCAUGGCUGGUCUCACGCGAUUUUCAUCACCGUGCGAUACUCUAAGCUGCAUGCGCCAGGAAGGCUGCGGGAAAUCAAUACAGGUGGACGGC